AUGUUCCUUUGGUGCUGCAUGGAAAAGAGCCCCGAGAGCCCCCGGGGUUUCACGAUUGUCCAAGGGCAGCUUGCGGCCGGAGCAGAGGAGACGCCGCAGAUCUCGCGUCAGAACAGCCAAGACUCCGUGAUCUCCGUGAACUCCGUGAAUGCAAUGCCAGACCUCGAUGAGGAGGCGCGGCGUCUCAAGUCUCCAAUGGGCACAAGUGGUGAGGCCUCCACCGUGGACUCGGACACCGCGGCCACACAGCCAAGCUCGGAGCCACAGCAGGCCAGCUCCGGUUUGAAUUCCACGAACCGAACCAGGUUGCUGGGCCGGGCGGCGGACUCGCGAUGGAAGCUUCGAAAAGAAGAGCUCCACAUGCAGAGGGAGCUGAGCCGAACGCUCAAGAGCUCCCUCUACCUGGCCACCUGGAAGGGGACGGAGGUGGUCAUGAAAUGUGUGGAGGUCCCGCAAAAUUUCGACAGGAGUUCCGGAUUCCAACGGAAGAUUUCCCAGGAAUCCUACGAUCCAGGUGCAUCACGUGCACUCUACGCCUCCGAGGUGAAGCAGGAUCUUUUGGAUGAGUUGCUGCACGAGAUCGAACUCCUCUCUUCUUUGCGGCACCCAGACUUGGUGUUGUUCAUUGGUGCAUGCCUGGACAAGGACUCCCCUGUGAUGUGCGUCACGGAGUACAUGCCCGGUGGGGACCUGGAGCGUCACUUCAUGGCCAUGCGCCGGAAGCAUCAAACACUGUGGCGGCCGACUUUCAGGCAGGUUCUGGACUGGUCUUCUUCGAUUGCGCGUGCGCUCACCUUCCUGCACACGCGAGAGGAGCCCAUCAUUCACCGCGAUCUCAAGCCAUUAAAUUUGCUGCUCACAAAACACGGUGAAGUGAAGGUCGCGGAUCUCGGCAUCUCAAAGAUGAUGGCCGCAGUGGCCGGUGACGUGUACGACAUGACCGGUGGCGUCGGCAGCUGGCUCUACAUGGCACCGGAAGUCGUCAGGCAUCGGCAGUACAACGAGAAGGUGGACAUCUACGCCUUCGCCUUAAUCAUGUACUUCAUGAGCUCCGGACAUCACCCCUUCCACCAGAUAUCCAAGGACCCCGAAGUGGUCUUGAGGGAGCUCGCGCAAGGCCGAGAGCCGAGGCCCAACGCUGCCGAGUGCCAUCCUCCGCUGCGUGCGCUGAUGGCCGGCAGCUGGCACGUCGACCAGGAGCAGCGGCCAUCGGCGCAACAGAUUGCAGUGCAGCUGCGCGAGGCCGCCGACAGCUACACGCCAUCCACAUGUCUCUGCACGAGGGCUUAG